AUGUAUGUGAAUACUUUGAUACAGUAAUGGUUUACUAUCUGAUUUUAGUGUAUUUAGUGAAUGUCACUUUUUGUCAUUUUCAAAUUUCCCGCCGUUCCGUCCCCAUACGUCCCGACGUCGCAGGGGAUGGAACCCAGAAGACAGAUGCUGGCAUCCGCCGGAGGACAUUACAGGGGACACUGCAGGAGGGACAUCGCAGGAGCGCAAGACAAGGUAAGAGAAGAACAGAUACCGGAGCAGCGCUGCAUGGUAAGCCCGAGCGUAGCUCGGAGUUACCGCUUGUGCUACACUCGGGAAUACCGCCAGGGAGGUUA